UAGCGCCCUCCCUCGCCGGCUGCCGUAGGAACCUACCACUGCGCGUCUCAGGGGAGGGGGAUCCUGCCGCGCAGUGGGACAGUCCGGCCCCGGACUCGGCAGCUGCCGGAAGCGCUGGGCUGAAGCCGCCCAGGCGCCGGGGUCCGUCAGAUGAUGGAGCUGUGCGCCUGCGUGGAGCGAGAGCUGGACAAAGUGCUGCACAAGUUCCUGAGCUAUGGACAGCACUGUGAGCAAAGCCUGGAGGAGCUGCUCUGUUACGUGAGCCAACUGCGCCAGGAGCUCGGCAGCGCAGCCCUGCAGGGGGAACCGCUCUCCGCCACGCUCUCCCUGGUGAUGGCCCAGUGCUGUCGGAAGAUCAAAGACACGGUGCAGAAACUGGCCUCGGACCAUAAAGAUAUUCACAGCAGUGUCUCCAGGGUGGGCAAAGCCAUCGAUAGGAACUUCGAUGCCGAGCUCUGCAGCGUGGUCUCGGAUUCGGUCUGGGAGUCGCGGGAGAAGCAGCAGCAGAUUCUGCAGUUGGCGAUUGUGGAGCACUUGUACCAGCAGGGCAUGCUGAGUGUGGCGGAGGAGCUGUCCCAGGAGUCCACCCUGAAUGUGGACUUGGACUUCAAGCAGCCGUUCUUGGAGCUGAACCGGAUCCUGGAAGCGCUGCACGAGCAGGACCUGCGUCCUGCUCUGGACUGGGCAAUCUCAAACAGGCAGCGUCUGCUGGAGCUGAACAGCUCCCUGGAAUUCAAGCUGCAUCGUCUCCACUUCAUCUGGCUCCUGGCUGGCGGCCCUGACAAGCAGCUGGAGGCCCUGAGCUAUGCUCGCCACUUCCAGCCCUUUGCCCACCUGCACCAGCGAGAGAUCCAGGUCAUGAUGGGCAGCCUGGUGUACCUGCCCCUGGGCAUUGAGAACUCCCCGUACUGCCACCUGCUGGAUGCCCGACACUGGACAGAGAUCUGCGAGACCUUCACCCGCGAUGCCUGUGCCCUGCUGGGGCUCUCGGUGGAAUCCCCUCUCAGUGUCAGCUUCGCAUCGGGAUGUGUGGCGCUGCCCGUGCUGAUGAACAUCAAGGCAGUGAUUGAGCAGAGACAGUGCACGGGUGUCUGGAGCCACAAGGAUGAGCUGCCUAUUGAAAUUGAGCUGGGCAUGAAGUGCUGGUACCACUCCGUGUUUGCCUGCCCCAUCCUUCGCCAGCAGACGACCGACUCCAAUCCGCCGAUCAGACUCCUCUGUGGGCACGUCAUCUCCCGGGACGCGCUCAACAAGCUCAUCAAUGGGGGGAAGCUGAAGUGUCCCUACUGCCCCAUGGAGCAGAACCCGGCUGAUGGGAAGCGCAUCAUCUUCUGACGCUGGUGGGGUUGGAAGGGCUGUGGCAAUAGGUCACUGCUCUUCCCCUUAGCUGGCCUGUCCCACCCUCGCAGUGCGAGAGGUGGUGGUGCUGCCACGGCAGGGCCUGGGCUGCCUGUUAGGCUGAGGGUCUGAGAGCAGGUGUGUCCACUGCAGCCCCACUGGGGUCCCUUCCUUCUGCUGAAGUAGUGCAAGGUCCAGAGCAGUGGGACCUGAGCCUGAGCCACCCUCCAAGAAAGGGAGCUGAAAUGGCAGAGCGGCAGCGUGAUGUGCUUGCUGCUGUGAGCUCUGGGGGGCUGCUGCCUCCGUGUGUGCUCUCCUAGAGAUCUGGCUUCUGCUCACUCUGCGCUCCCACUCUCCGGGCAGCGUCUGUCUGCUCAGUAAUAGGCAGAGCCCCUCCUGGCCUCGAGCAUGGCUACUGGAGCGUUCCUAGCCCUCUGCCAGGGCUGUACAGUCCCUCGGGCAUUUACUGAUACUUUUUGCAUUGUAAAUAUUAAAGCGGGAGCUGCCUGGA